AAUAGUUCUCGAACAACCGUUACUUGUGAAAGCUUUGUUUUUCGUGUCAAUAAAAAUAAUGGUUUAUUACAGUGGGUGCUAACUUUGUGCAUGAGACCAGUUUCAUUUUCAUUAUGGAUAAAAAAAUCAACGGCAACGCAAAAAUUUGCGAAAAUCGCCAGUCGGAGGAUUUGGAGAGCGGGAAAGCAGCGGUCGGCGAGGAGUCAAGUAGAGAAAGCGCCACGCGACACAAAAGCCUGAAGACAAGACCAGUUCGUGUCCUAAUACGGCGGAUACUGGUCAUGACAGCGAUAGUUGCAGUUUUGGUGGCUCUUAGUGCCGUUGUGUGUUUCUUCCUAGGCUGGAAAUGUCUGGUACAAUUAAUUUUAGUUGCUAUCGUUGCGUACCUUGCCGCUGGAAAGUGGAGAUGGUUCUACGUGGCCCUUAUGACUGCCCCCAGGGACAUCAAAGCUCUCUACAAAUAUCUAAGACUCCUAAUCCAAAUAAAAUCAUGGCAAAGAGAGGACGUAACCCUGGCGGAUAUAUUCCGCCGAAACGUAAAAAGACACCCUAACAAAGCCUGCAUUCUUUUCGAAGACCAAGAAUGGUCGUUUGCUCAACUCGAAGAGUAUAGUAAUAAGGUAGCCAACGUAUUCAAAAGCCACGGCUACAAAAAAGGCGACGUUGUCGCUUUAUUUUUGGAAAAUCGGCCCGAGUUUAUUGCUCUAUGGCUCGGUUUAUCGAAACUAGGUGUUAUAACACCACUAAUAAACACCAACCAAAGACUGGAUUCACUCGUACAUUCCAUCACAAUUGCUGGAAGCCAAGCCGUCAUUUUCGGGAGUGAUUUAUCAGAUGCAAUAAUCGAUGUUUUCGAAAAAAUCGAAGCCAAAGUCACCUUUUACCAGUUGUGUAUCACCGACAAAUCGAACGUCGAUCAACGAUUCCGCGACUUGAGACAACUGAUCAACGAUGCGCCCCCGACGCCCCCCAGCAUAUCGGAGAAACUCCACCAUCAUGACAGAUUGGUGUACAUUUACACUUCGGGCACCACCGGAUUGCCCAAAGCUGCAGUCAUCAGCAGUUCACGUUACAUUUUUAUCGCUGCUGCAAUUCAUUGGCUGUCGGGGUUCAAAAGCUCGGACUGCUUUUAUACGCCGUUGCCGUUGUAUCACACUGCCGGAGGAUGCAUGUCAGUUGGACAAAUGCUGAUUUAUGGUGCUACUUUAGUCAUUAGGAAGAAAUUUUCAGCGUCAGCUUAUUUCCCCGACUGCGAAAAAUACAAAUGCACGAUUGCUCAGUACAUUGGAGAGAUGUGCCGCUACAUCCUCGCGGUGCCGCCAAAACCCUCCGACACGCAACACCACCUUCGAAUGAUAUACGGAAACGGCCUUCGGCCGCAAAUCUGGUGCGAGUUCGUCGAAAGAUUCAAAAUACCCAAAGUGGCCGAAUUUUACGGCGCCACUGAAGGAAACGCCAACAUUGUCAAUGUGGACAACACUGUGGGGGCGAUCGGCUUCGUCUCGCGAAUCAUUCCUUCCGUGUACCCAAUCUCCAUCAUAAAAGUGGACCCGCAGACGGGCGAGCCCAUCAGAAACGCCCAUGGGCUGUGCGUCCCGUGCAAACCCAACGAGCCGGGCGUUUUCAUCGGGAAAAUCAUCCCGAAUAACCCAUCGCGCGCGUUUCUGGGCUAUGUGGACGAGGAAGCGUCCAAGAAAAAGGUGGUCACGGAUGUGUUCCAUCGCGGAGAUAAGGCGUUCUUAUCAGGGGAUAUUCUAGUCGCCGAUGAGUUUGGGUAUUUGUUCUUCAAGGACCGGACUGGAGAUACUUUCAGGUGGAAAGGCGAGAAUGUCUCAACUUCGGAAGUUGAAGCAGUAUUAAGUAACGUUAUUUCGUACAAAGAUGUGGUAGUGUACGGGGUUGAGAUUAGGGGCGUUGAGGGGAGGGCCGGAAUGGCGGCUAUUUUUGAUCCUGAGGGAACUGUGGACCUCGCACAACUGGCAGAAGGCACCAAAAAGGCGCUGCCGUUCUAUGCUAGACCGAUUUUCAUUCGAAUUUUGAAGAAGUUAGAUAUGACAGGUACUUACAAGUUGAAGAAAAACGAUCUACAAAAGGAAGGAUUCGAUGUUAGCAAAAUAAGCGACGAUAUUUAUUAUUUGGACAGUAAAGGCACUUAUUCCUUAGUCACGCCAGAAGUGUACCAACAAAUCAAUGACGGAAUAAUCAGAGUGUAAUGAAUGUGAAGUGACGACUUGGCCUCUGUGAUCCUCUCAAAUGACUGAAAACUAUAGGGACUACGAAAUGCGCGAACAGUGCUCGCAUUAAAAACGUAUUUUUUAUAUACGUAUUUGUAGAAUUUUGUAAUUGUUAUUUUUUGGUUAAGUUUAACUAUACAUAUUUAUGUAAUAAACUGUUGCGAAUACAUGGUUGGUAAAAGG